ACAGCCUUGCCUGGCUGGUAGCGAGUGCUCUCUGCUUGACUUUGGAGAGGGCAGCUACUGAGACUGCUCCACAGUCAACAUGAACUUGCUUCAAGGGACCAUUCUUUCUCUGCUUCUAUCUGGUCUUUGCUGCAGCGAAUCCAACCCAGUAAACACAUCAACAACAGUUUCUGCAGCAACUCCGGCAACUGUAAGAGAAGCCACCACAAAAUCAUUAACAAGUUCAGCUACAAAAUCAACAGUUGGAACAUCACCUACAGAACUAAGAACUGACAAAGAAAUAUUAAACUCAUCUUUGCCACCAACAAGUCCUUCAUUAAAAACACCAGCUAAAGUUACAGGGUCCACAACAAACAGUGUCACGAAGAAUGAACUUCCCACGACUAGCACAACAGUGACAAAUAUUCCAAUUCCAAAUCCUGGACCCACAAUACCAAGUUCCCAACAAAAGACUGAGAAUCAGACUUCAAUCAAAGCAACAGACACACUAGUAUAUGAAACCCAGUACUGA